AUGGGGAGUAAAUCUCUACCAGCUCCCAUUCCUCUACACCCGUCGAUCCAUGUUGAUAACUACGCUUUUCUGCGGGCAGUAAAUUCCUUCCCCUCCACUGCUGACCACCUGCAGGGAUUCUACGGUUUAAACGCGCUACAGACGAUGCACAUGAACCACUGGACUUUAGGUUACCCUCACCUGCAGGGGAUCAAUUCAACCAUCACGGCUCAGGAUCCGCGAUUCUUUAUUUCUUCAUUACCGUUCGCCGAUAUUUUUCAUCAGAAACAAGAAUCUGUAUCGUAUAAAAUUCAAGCCCUGCACAAGGACAGACCCAGAUUUGAUUUCGCCAAUCUUGCGAAAGCAGCUACACAGAAGGACCCCCCAAAGAGCGGCGACUUCUUAACUCUCACAGUGGGUAUUGGGGGCACGUUUUCACACUUAAACAAACUGUCACCGGACAGAAAGACCCCACGAGGGAGGCUUCAAUCCAAAACUAAAAAGGAAUUUAUUUGCAAGUUUUGUGGAAGACAGUUCACGAAGUCCUACAACUUACUGAUCCAUGAGCGCACCCAUACAGAUGAGAGACCGUACAGCUGUGAGAUCUGCCAUAAAGCUUUCAGAAGACAAGACCACCUCCGUGACCACCGAUAUAUUCACUCCAAGGAAAAACCUUUCAAAUGUCAGGAGUGUGGGAAAGGAUUUUGUCAGUCACGGACGUUAGCUGUUCAUAAAACUUUGCAUAUCCAGGAGUCUCCUCACAAAUGCUCCACUUGUGGAAGAACCUUUAAUCAAAGAAGUAACCUGAAAACUCACCUUCUCACCCAUACAGACAUCAAGCCCUACUCAUGUGAACGCUGCCAAAAAGUCUUCCGACGCAACUGUGACCUCCGACGGCACAAUUUGACGCACACAACCCACCAGGACUAGUUAGCUGCUUUAACUAAAACACAUAAAACAUGGGACACUGUAUAAUUAUCAACAGCUGUGUCUGUCAGUUGUGUUGUAAAUUAACUGUGAAGAUAAAAUUCGACUUGAAUGUAACUUAAUAUCAGGCUUUUGCAUUAUUAUAACUUUUGUACUUGACAGUAUAAAUUGAAUUCAGAAAGCGACUGUUGCAAA